AAUCUCCUGUCAUCCCUCCAUUAGUCAGCUGAUGUCUCUGUGAAAUUUGUCUGAAUUUAAUGAUUCUAUAACAAAAUGUCUACUGAAAAGUCUCCGCUGCUAAAUAAUGAAAAUGAUUAUAAUAAUUUGCAUUAUGGUCAAUCGUCAGAGGCCCAAGCACUUCGCCAUCAAUCUGUGUACCCAACAGCUCCUCCAAUAGGACCUGAUGAGUUACCACCUCCCUAUAGACCUUUCCUUUAUCAGGCUUCUAUUAGGCAGUCUCCAGAAGCAGAUCGACAAGCAACCUAUGUGACAGUUCCUCCAAUAGGGCCUGAUGAAUUGCCACCUCCUUAUAAUCCUUCCCCUCAUGGUGUGCCUAUGAUAACAUGUAAAGUAUGUGGCUUCAUGAUUGAUAUUACUGGAAGGAGGGACCAACAUGUUGUCAAAUGUAGUAGCUGCAAUGAAGCAACUCCAAUAAAAAGUGCUCCACCUGGGAAAAAAUAUGUCAGGUGCCCAUGUAAUUGCCUCUUGAUAUGUAAAGCUAGUUCUCAAAGAAUUGCUUGUCCUAGAAACAACUGCAAAAGAAUCAUAAAUCUUACACCUGUACAAACUACUUAUCCUUCAAGUUUACCUGGGAUGUGCCAAGUUUCUUGUGCAUAUUGUCAAAGUGUUUUUCUGUUUAACACUCUGACCAAUGCUUUAGCUCGCUGUCCUCAUUGCCGUAAAGUAUCUUCUGUUGGGCGAAGGUUUUCUGUUAGUCGAGGUACCAUGUACAUGAUUGCUGCUUUUGUGAUGUUGAUUAUAGGUAUAGGUGUUACUGUGGGAACAUAUUCUUAUGCUGCUAAUCAUGGAGGUAUAUACUGUAUAUAUAUAGGAGGUUUUGUAUGUUUCGUCUUGUUGUUCUUUAAGUCUAUAUGUUAUUUUACGAUGAAGACUAGUAGCAUUCAAGGACCAGUGUAAAAUGAUGCAAGUUACCUUUAUUUCUGUGAGAAAUUUGAAUUUCAUUAAACAUUUUAAAAUAUAAUGAAAUAUGUAACCAUUUGUUGUAAAUCCUAUGUAGGGCACUUGUUUUAUCGUGAUGUAAUAAUUUUGGACUACUUGAUGUACUGAUUCAUGCAUACUGUAUCAUUAGUGUUGUGCAUUAUUGUUUUCAUUAGUAGGUAACAGUUUUUUUAUGAAAAAUUUAAUACAGUAAGUAUAAUUUAUUAAAAUUCAUAAAUCCCUUUAUAAAAAAAACAAAAUCUCAAGUUUGAUAUAGAUCAUAAAUUUGAUGUCAUAUAUCUCAUUUGUUGGAGAAACAUAAUUCUUUAAAUUAGUCAUAUUUCCUUAAAUUUUGAUUUUAAAAUUUUGUUUUGCAUAUAUUUUAUAUCCAAAAUAUUGCAGUUAUUUUAAUAUCGCAUGUCUUUAUGAAAAUGUUUAUUAAUAUUAAAAUCAAUGACUAUUAUCCAAGACUUUAUACAGGCUUCUUACACUAAAAAAAUAAUAAUAACCAUACAAAAAUCAUAUUUAUAAAAAAAAAGGGCUAUUCUAUGUUUUGUCUCCCAUUCUCUAAGUACUAUGUCAGAUAAAGAUUUACUUGUGAUAUGAACCUUUUCUUGUAUUAAUAUGUUUGUGCAUCUAGGGACUAGUGGAAAUGUCAAAACCAAAGUUCAGUUAUUUAAUCAUUGAUUAUUUCAAUAGCCCAUGAGUAUGAUGAGUUAACUAUAUAAUUGUAAUUGUGCUUAUUUAAAAUGCAAUUCAAAAAAGGAGAAAUUACUUAUAACGUUUUAAAAUAACAUUUAUAGUUCAAUCAAAGUGCAGCUCUAUAAAGACCUCAAAUAAAUUGAUCAAAAUCUUUGGCAAUCUUAUUACCUUGUAAUUCAAUCUUUAAACAAAUUAAGUGGACUAUGUACUGAUUUUUAUGUAUAGCUUUGUUAGUGAAAUAUAUAUUCCCUUCUAAGUUUAUUUUGUUAAAAACUUAAUUGAGAAUAUCAAAAAUUGAUUAUCUGUGUACUUUUACAAUAUUACAUUUUUUAAAGUAAAAAAUGUCAUGCCUUUUUUAAUUGACUGUGAUAAUUUUCAUUUCUUAACAAGGAUGUUUUAACUUUGUUUAUCAUUUUAUCUAAUUCAAGUUCUAGUCUUCUUUAGCUUUAUCCAGUUUAUUAUAGUUUUGACAUUUAACAUGAAAAUAUUGUGAUUUAAUUAGAUAUGUUUUGUUAGAACAUAUGUUAUGGUAUAUUUGUAUACAGUUAUAUGAAUGAAAUUUGGACAACUAAUUCAGUUUAAACAUCUGUUUUCAGAAUUAUGAAACCUCUAUAGCUGUUGAUACUUUGAAUAAUGUGUUAUUGUAAAAAAAUGAUCAUUAUUUCUUAUUGCAUUUUCCAGUAUAAAGAUUAACUAGGCGAAAGAGUAUUUGUUUUCUUAUUAAUUUGUUUUUAAAAUAACAGGCAUUUUAGUAGCAUAGAAAUAAGUUUCAAAUUUUAGUUGUCUUAAAUUGUUGCAAGAAAUUAAAGAGAGUUUUUAUACUAUGGUAUUAAUGUAUUUUGUAUACAACUCUUAUUUUUUUAUUAUAUGUUGCUAUUCAUUAAAUAUGAAUUUCUCUAUGUAUAAAACAAACAAAAAAUUAAUUUUUGAAGAUAUUUUUAGAAAUAUUUUUAUUCAUAUUUUAUUCAAUUUAUAAAUGCGUUUUUCCCUUCAUUAUAAAAAAAAAAAGAAUUGAAUAUAAUCCUUCAGAUAAAUUUAACUAAUAACUUAAUUUUAUUAAAAUAAAAGCUUCAAAAGAUAUCAUACUUUUAAGUAUGAAAAACAUAAUUCUUUUUAGGCAUUUGGUUUUGCGCCCAUUAGAUGAGUUCAAUAUUUUUUGGCAGAUAAUGUAAAAAAAAUGUGCCCUACAUUAAGUUGACAUUCCUUAUUUUUAAUCAACAAUUAUAAACUUUUUUCAUAGUUAAAAAUUUGAGUAUUGUUUCAUAGAGCAAAAUUCAUUUCAAAUCAUAUUGCAGCAAAUGAGUCCAUAGAUGUUAAUUUUUUUUUUUUUUUAAUGUAUUGAAUUGUUUAGAUUCUUUGGUUGCAACUUUAUAGUAAAAAGAUUGUUUUUGGUUUCAAUUAAUUUGGCUUCAGACAUAUAUAUAUAUAUAUAUAUAGUUUAUAACAAUAAUUUACAUUAAAUGAAAUAUUUGUUAAAAUGUAGGCUUUUGUGUGUGAAUUGUAUGUUGACUUAGUGUAAAAUAAUGUACAGAAAAAAAAUGUGAUUGUAUGUUUUUUAUGUGUAGAAUUAAUUCAUGCAUAUAUACUAAUGCACUGCUGAUGCUUCUGUGGCAGUUUAGCAUUAAAAAAGUGAGACUGUAAAUUGUAAAAAAUCUCCUGUAAUGUUCACUUUUUGCUUUUGUUUCUCAAUCUUUGAAAAUAAGUUUAUAAAAAAUAAAUCUUUAUGCUUAAAUUGCUAUUAGAGAUGCCUAUACCUAUGAAAUACAAAUAUUAUUCAAAUUAUAUACUCUUGAUAUAUAUUUUUACUUUUAUUUAAGAGUAAUUUUUCUAUAUAUUUCAUAUGAAGUUUCCCCCUUUGCAAACUAUAGCUUUCAACUGUUACAAUGAAAUUUGUUUAAAACUAAAUGUGAUCAAAAUUUCUCAGUGUACUUGGAAAAUAAAGUUAGUUAAAAUUCUUCUGUGUGUAUUAUGUUUGUGAUUUUUUUCCCCCUUCCUUUGUUGGAGAAUGAAUUUUCUUUUAGUUACUUUAUGUCUUUAUGUAUUUUUAUGUUUUGUCUAAAUAUUCAUGUUUAUUUUAAAUAAUUUUUAUAAGAUUCACAUUAAAUCUUUGUUCGAGAAGCAUAUUUCUCGUGAAGAUAAAUUAGUUUUGUAAUAAUUUAUGUUAGGACAUUUUAAAAUAUGCAAGUAUUUUCUCAAAUUGAAC